GACAGCGCACGUGGACCGCGACGACGCGAUCGAACUCGACGCGCGCCUCGUUCCCCACCGCCAUCAUCAUGGCCACCUUCUCCCCAGCCCCUGCGCACCGCCGCGCUUCCCUUAUGCGCACCUCCCCGAGAGCGGGGGGCAGCAGGAAGCCCUCACGAAUGAGUUUGACGCCGUUCAGCGACGCAUACACCGAAGAGACGGGCAUGGAUGUUGACGAGGGUUCCACGGCACCAACAGAGACGGCGGUGAAGGCAAAACCGUCGAAAGAGCUGCUCUACGCCAACUCGAGAGAAUUCAAGGUGUCUUACUACGCUGGUCUGCCAUUGGAAGUCAAGACAGCGCUUCAAAAGAACAAUAACUUCGAGUACGAUAGCAUAUACUCGGGCUCAAUCGAUGCGCAGACUGGCUUUGCGCUCGUUGCGUCUGCAGAGACGUGCUACGUGUGGCAACACGCGCAGGCUGUCUCUGGCAUUCCAACAUGCUAUAUCUUCGCAUGCCCUGUCAACCCAGACGACUACAUGACACCGCCACUUCACUCUCUCAUUCCGUACGGCGUAGGCCGCGAGCCAGGACUACUCUUGAUGAAUCACGCAGGCAAGGUUCGCCUCUGGGACAGCAUCAGCAUCGGGCUCGCUGGUGGGGGCAACUACACGGAGGCUUCACUCAACCUUGGACCCUACGAGACUGUCUCGCACCUUGUGCGCACACACCCCCAAACCUUCGUCGCCUCGACCACACAGGGUCAGUUCUUCAAGAUCAUCCACACUGCUGUCGGCGGCAAGCACCACAUUACCGUCCAGACAUUCUCUCGCCCCGCGCAGUCUUCCUUUGCCCGCUUCACCUCUCUUCUGCUCGCUACGCAGACUGAGGGAAUCUUGAUUCCUGAGACCGGACCCAUCGCCUCCGUUGCACUUGGCCGCGACUCUUCGUCCGGUGGUCAGGAUAUCUGGGCCCUUGUCGGUUCGCACAUUCAACGCUGGGACAUGAAGCCGGACGGCUGGGAGGAAGCGCUGCUCGACGCGGAUGUGUUGGAGCUCAUAUGCGACGCGCUGCGUGAGCGAUUUGGUGCUGCCAUCCCCGAUCUGAGCCGCGACUUGGGCUUGGAAUGCAAUGAUGUGCAGAUGGAUAGCGAGGGAAAACUCAUCGUGCUGGUGUCUUAUACACCAGUGGAUGUCAGCGGGUCAGAUAUGGCGAUUGAUACGGGUAGCCACGUCAAGCGAGUCUUCUCGCUCAUGAAGUUGACGUAUCUUGGGGACACCUUCCGCGUCGACGACGUCCGCGUGGUGCCAUACCAGAGGAACAAAGAGUCCGGCGCUCCCGUCCAACCGCGCCUGAAGCUUGUUGCUGGUGGCGAAGUCGUGGCCAUUCAGUUCGGUAACGCAAUUGCCUUUUGCUCUUUAGUAUCUGAGUACUGCGACCGCCUCGAGCUCUACGGCGUCACCGACCGCGUCCUCGGUAUGGGUGUACCGGAAGACUCAAAUACAGUACUGGCGAUGACGGUGGGUAUUAUGAUCAAGACGACAAUCGAUUUGGAAGCUAUCAGGGACUAUGACCCUUACACCGGCCGCGCCGAGCUCAUCAAGUCGACCAUGAUGCAGGCUAUCUUGUAUGGGGCAAUGCCUGAAAACCCUUUACGAUUUAGCUUCCCGCCCGAGGUCGACGCUGACAGCCUGAUGCAAGGCGCGAUGCAGCUCAGUAGAGCCGUGUUGCGGUCGGACCCGGACAUCAUACGCAAGAACGACGACCUCACAGCGCAGCUCUCCGAGCAAAAAGCGCGCCUAAAUUGGCUCAUCACGUUCAUCAACUCGAACGGUGUUUUGCUCAAGAUGUCCCAAAAAUGCCGCCAGAUACUUGCCAUGGACGCGGAGAAGUUGAGCGCCGGUUUGCAGCUUUGGCAGGUAUAUGACGACCUUGUGGGGACACGACAGUCAUACAGCGUCAUUCGCGAGACAGUGCGCGUGACACUAGAGGCGCUGGACGAGACGGUGUACAAUGACUCGGCUCGAGCAUUCUUUGGGCAGUACUUGUCGGAUUUGGGAGAGCUGAUAGCCCAUGUGCCGGAAGUAUUGCAGCAUGCCGACUUGACGUCGGAUGUAGUACUGCUCGAGACGGCGAGCAUGGUUCUGACCAUCAUCGCGGCACCUGUCACGUUCCGAAAGAACAACAUGAACCUGUACAAGCUCGAGCUGCCCAUGCAGGAUCCGUGGACGAGCCAGCCGGCGGUCAUCAACGUCUUGCGCCAACUCUUUGACGCGUUGGAGGCAGCUAUGGAGGGCACGAAUGCCUGGUCCGAUGGUAAGGAGCCACUCGCCGAUGUUGCGGGUAUGCUGCUGCACACGAUUGAGGAGCGGUUGGCAUGGCUGGGCAGCCCUGCGGCUUUGGACCAGCCCUCUCUGCAGAGGGAGCGCAGCGAGUACCAGCUGCUUUUGCGCCAGGAGCGACCGCGUAUGCUGCAUAGUCUGCACAGACACGGCCUCCCUCUCGACGCCUACCAUCUCGCGGAGCGGUAUCAGGACUUCAGCACGCUCGUCGCACUGUGCAAUAAGGGCCAGGUCUUCCCGCCGGAGCAGAACCCUGAAGCGGACAAAAUCAGAACGUACGCGGAAUUAUACAACACGAAGUUCACGAGGGAGCUAUACGAGUAUUAUAUCCAGAAUGCCGAACUACGCGUGAUCUUCGCGCUGGAUGAUGUCCAUAAACCUUUCCUGGAGGAUUUCUUCAGCCAGGGGCCUCGGCAGAAUAUCUCGUGGCUGUACGAGCUGACGAAGGACAACUUGAACGUGGUCCCGCCAUUGUUGUUGGACGAUGCGCACAAGGCGACGAACCUGGAAGCACGGCAUCUCAUGCUGAGUAUCGGCAAGCUCGCGCAGCUGGCCGUUGUGCAGGAACAAGGAAAGACGUUGCCCGCUGCGAAGGAUGUGCUCGACACCUUCCACGACGAGCUCGACUUCGUCAGCGUGCAUGAGACCAUAGUCGCGGACCUUCAGCUGGCGCUCUCGACGCAACGGGGGAGGCAAUCUCACGACGCGCAAGCGGAGUAUAUCUUGAAGACGCAGGCGAAGCGGCUCAAUGGAACACCAGCGUUCGCUCGGAUCUUCCGAGAAUACGUUCGGACUUUGUUACAAGGCAACGUGCUUUCGGUCGAGGACAUGGUCGACGUUCUCUCAAUGCGCGACAACUCGGAGUCUCCCGAUGAUUAUGUGAUUGCACUGAGGUUGCUGUGGGGUUCAGACGAUACCCCCCAGAGCCGCCGCCAAUCUGCCCUGGGCGCCGUCUGGCGCAGGAUAUAUCUGCACGACGACUGGAACAUGAUCCGUGACACGGCCAACGUAUCGGACGCAGAGCUCAACCAGCGGUAUCGUGAUACAGCUCUGUACCGUACAUUGCGCGAAGUUCGCUCUCGAGCGGACUACGUCUCACCGGACGAGGCUGCUGCUGCACAGCCGACAUCUGCAGAGAUUGCGGCGCGCUGGCCAGGACUCGCGAACGAUCAGGUCGACUCCUUGCUGGACGACUACGCGACCGAGGGGCGGGUGCUUGAGGAGUAUGACCUAGAGAAUGUGUGCGCGAGGAUUGUGACGCUGGCAGAGGAGGAUUUGGAUGGGGAGUAGAGGAUCUGUACUAUGUAGUGUUGUGUAACGAUUCGGGACAAUUCACAGUGAUGGAGACCCCAAA